AUGACUACCAAGGGUGCUCUUCUUGCCACAGAGUUAAACCACCAGGAAUAUGUACAGCGGUCAAGACUCCGCCGCUUGCGACGAUGGCGGCGACUCCUUUGGCCCCUUCUCCUUAUCGCAGCGCUUGUGAUCCUGAUUCAACGGGAAUCAAGCGUCAAUAUCGUUCCUUAUCCGCGGUACUCAACCGAGUCAGAUCUGUUUAAUGAAGGUAUGAACAAAUGUUAUGAAGCUCGGAGUCGGAGCCAAAGUCAUAAUAAAGCCACCUCGGAAAGCAGGGUGAAUCACCGGUGGAAUCCAGUCUCCGGUCAUAAAGGAGACAUUGUUAUCCAGAAUGCCACUCUCUUUGACGGAGAGUUGACUCGCAAUGGGACAUUUAAUAUUCAUUUUUCGUCUGGGGUGAUCCGAUCUGUGUCUCCCACUCACUUGGACCAUCCUAUUCCCGAGGGUACUCAUAUUAUCAACGUACACGGGAGAUUCAUCACCCCUGGGCUGGUGGACAUGCAUUCCCACCAUUUAUUGCUUCCAUUCCCCCAGCUUCCAGCUACCGAUGAUGUCAAUGAGCGGCCGCUGCUGGGUCCCAUCACUCCCUUCGUGCGCGCCAUAGAUGGUUUCAAGCCACACGAUCCUACCAUUAAAAUCAUUGCCUCUGGCGGCGUUACUUCGUCACUCGUUCUACCUGGUUCCGCAAAUAUUGUCGGUGGCGAGGCAUACAUGGUUAAGAACCUACCAUUAUCUGGAGCAGCCGGGGAGCCCGUGGUGGAGGAGUUACUCUUGGAAUACGGUCUUCCCGAAAAUAAUCGGCAGCGAUACCUCAAAAUGGCCUGUGGUGAGAACCCGAAGAGAGUGUACGGGAACACCAGGCUUGGUCUUACCUGGCUUUUGCGUAAACAGUUGGAGGAGGCACGAGACUUACAUGAACGGCAGUCUGCCUGGUGCCGAGUGGCAUUUGAUGUCGAGGAGACCAGCUUCGCUAAAACACAUCACGUUAAAACUUUCAUCAGGAACCAUGGAAAGCGGCCGGACUCUUUCGAACUUGAAACUUUAGUUGCGCUUAUCAGAGGCGAGCUUAAUGUGAAUGUACAUUGCUAUGAGCCAGAGGAUUUUGAGCGCAUGCUCUCUGUGCUCCAUGAGUUUGGGGUUCAUCCACAGGCUUUCCAUCACGCACUGGAGGCAUGGCAGGUUCCAGAGCUUUUGAAGAACCUCGAGGAAAAAUGCUCUGUUCAAGGCCGAGGCAUAUGGUGCAAAUCUAAGAGGACCCAAAAUCCUGGACGACCACGGGGUCAAGGUUGCCCUAAAAUCGGUACCAAGCCGCUGUUUCUCAUUCUUUUGGGCUCUCGGAAGACAAGUCUCUGCAGGCAGUUACAUCCAUUCCUGCUCAGUCGGUGCAGCAGGACCACAGAAUUGGAUAUGUUCGGCCUGGAUACGAUGCAGAUCUGGUUAUCUGGGAUGAUCACCCGCUACAAGUCGGGGCGACACCCCUUGAGGUCUUCAUCGAUGGUCGCGCUGUCUUGGGCAACAGUGACGCCCUGGAACUGCUUAUCCACAACUCCAGCUCUGUAG